AUGUCAAACCGGUUCGGUGGUCGCGGUGGUGGCGUUGCUUGAUUGUUUGCAAACGAGUUUAUAACUAUUUAUGUGGUUAAUAACUUGAAUCAAUUGAAUUAUAAGUUGACACAACAAUGAAGGAGCCGAAGCAGACUCCCAUAAAAGAGCUGUCAGAGUUGCGCGCGUACUUCGCGUCGCACAAUGCGGUCCGCGAGUACGUCGCGCACUCGUCGAAGGUGCACUCGGUGGGCUGGUCGUGCGACGGCCGCAAGCUCGCCUCUGGCUCCUUCGACAAGACCGUCGCGAUCUUCAACCUCGAGCGCAACCGACUGGUGCAAGAGUUUGUGUUCCGCGGGCACACGGGCUCCGUGGACCAGCUGUGCUGGCACGCCUCGCACCCCGACCUGCUCAGCACGGCCAGCGGGGACAAGUCCGUGCGCAUCUGGGACACCAGAUCUCGUAAAUGUGCGGCGGUGAUCCCAACAAAAGGCGAGAACAUCAACAUCGCAUGGGCGCCGAGCGGCGCCGCCAUCGCCGUCGGCAACAAGGAGGACCUCGUCUCCUUCAUCGACACCAGGACCUACAAAGUGGUGACAGAAGAACAAUUCCACUUCGAAGUGAACGAGAUCUCGUGGAACAACAGCUCGGACCUGUUCUACCUGACGAACGGGCUGGGCUGCGUGCACAUCCUGUCGUACCCGGGGCUGGAGCUGCAGACGGUGCUGAAGGCGCACCCGGGCACCUGCAUCUGCAUCGAGCACGACCCCACCGGCCGCUACUUCGCCACCGGCUCCGCCGACGCGCUGGUCUCGCUGUGGGACGCGCAGGAGUUGGCUGCGCUCAGAGUAUUCUCCAGACUGGAGUGGCCGGUGCGCACGCUGUCGUUCAGCUUCGACGGGCGGCUGCUGGCGUCCGCCAGCGAGGACCACGUCAUCGACAUCGGCGACACCGAGACAGGCGAGAAGGUGGCGGAGAUCCCGGUGUCGGCGGCCACGUUCACGGUGUCGUGGCACCCGAGCCGCUACCUCGCGGCCUUCGCCUGCGAGGACAAGGAGCCGCCCGAGCGCAAGCGCGACGCCGGCAACCUCAAGCUCUGGGGGCUGCCCAACCAGGACCGCAACUAGUGGGGGCUGACCGCACAGGACCGCAACUAGUGGGGUCUGACCGCAACUAGACCUCAAGCUCUGGGGGAUGUCCAACCAGGACCGCAAUUAUUGGGGGCUGCCCACCCAGGACCGCAACUAUUGGGGGCUGCGCACCCAGGACCGCAACUAGACCUCAAGCUCUGGGGGCUGCCCACCGGACCGGAAUGGCUCAUGGAUUGGCUCAGUAGCCACACCUGCACCGUCUUCAAGAGGUAGGCCACCUGCUACAUCAGGUCCAGAGGCUCCCAGGGCUGCAAGAAAUGCACUGUCCCGGUUGCUGCCUCUUUCUGUACAAAAUAAUAUAGUCAAAAAAUAUUAUCCAAAGUAGCUCUGGGUUGCCUGGAGCCCUGACUUGAGUGAGAGGAUCCUUGGUCUGCGAUGGAACUGUGGAGGACACCUCUGUGCUACCAAGAGCCACAAGUGACUUUUUGUAAAUAUUAUUGUGAAUUUAGAUUUGACGUGUUCAAUGAAAAUGAAAGAAUAGUUUAAUAAGUGACUGUAAAGUGAUUUGUGACUUAGUGUUACGGUUGUGUGCUGUGCAGAAAAAGUCGCGAGAAUGUAUUUGCAUUUUGCAUCUGUCAGAAGUGGGACAGAGUGAGCUAUUCAAGGUCAUAUCGCGAGUUAACGCAAACAGGUACGCAAGCAUGGUUGCGCGAUAAAUGAUAUAACAUCGGGCCAUCCCUUUCACACUGUUUGUAAGUGCGAUAGGGGCAGCCUGAUGUUUUUUCGUCUGUCGCGCGACCAAUACUAUCGGUGCAGCUCACGCUUUCCGAUCUCUGGUUUCUAUAAGUACAUUCCACGACUACUCUCUUUCCGCACAGGCUCUAUACUAAUAGUUGGUAGCCGUAAAUGCUGGAACACUUUCACAAAGUGUUUCAGCAUUUUAAUUCCCAGUUAAAUACAAAUUUGUACAAUAUACUUAUUGUAAGUAGACUUAAUUUUAUUUCUUUUCUAAAAAAGUAGUUUAAUGAAAUGUCCUCAUGCGCGCUGUUGGUCGCUACUCGCUGCUGCAUCCUGACGAGCCGAGGACAAUGCAAUCCAACACUUAUUUACUUAUCAAUCAAAUCAAAAUAAACAAAAUAUCCCUAUAAAAAAAUCUUUAUUUAAUACAUAGUGUAAAGAACAACAGUUUGUAGAGAUAAUAAUAAAAAUAAACGUCGUAUAAAAAAGAGAUCUAUCAUAAGUACAAUAAAGUGAGAUUCGAGUUUUCUGUAAAAAUCAUUAAAAAAUCUUGCAUAAGCUCUCAACAGUUAUAUCGGUAUUGGGAUCUACACCUACAAUAUCAAAUAAAUAUACCUAACGAUUAUGACAUAGGA